AUGCUGCUGGAGUGCGCCCUCGCCUCCCCAGCCCCCAGCCCCACCCGGCGUCGGCAUCAGGUGCUCAGGCCAGGGGUGGAGACAUUAGGAAUGGUGCCUCCUCCUGAAAAUGUCAGAAUGAAUUCCGUUAAUUUCAAGAACAUUCUGGAAUGGGAGUCGCCUGCUUUUCCCAACGGGACUCUGACUUUCACAGCUCAGUACUUGAGUUACAGGAAGUUCCAGGACAGGUGUGUGGGCACUGCCGCCACAGAGUGCGACUUCUCGGAGCUCUCCAAGUACGGCAACCACACCCUGCGCGUCCGGGCCGAGCUCGGGGCCGAGCACUCUGACUGGGUGAACCUCACCUUCUGUCCCAUCGAUGACACCGCCAUCGGACCUCCUGGCUUGCAAGUGGAGGCACUGGCUAAUUCCUUACACGUAAGUUUCUUGGCCCCGAGAAUUGAGAAUGAACAUGAGACAUGGACCAUGAAGAACAUUUAUAACCCGUGGCUUUAUCACAUGCAGUAUUGGAAGAACGGCUCGGACACCAAGACGAGGAUUAACAAGAAACACUAUCCAGUGACUUGUCAGCAUGACUUCGAGGUCCUCCGGAACCUGGAGCCGUGGACCACCUACUGUGUUCAAGUCCGGGGCUUUCUUCCCGAGCGGAGCAAAGCCGGGCAGUGGAGCGAGCCCGUCUGCAAGGGAACCAUCAGCGCCGACAGCGCCCCCUCCUGGAUCGUGGUGGCCAUGGUCCUGGUGGCCUUGGUGCUGGCGGCCUGCCUGCUGCUCGCCGGCUGCUUCGCGCUGCUGUGGAGCAUCUACAAGGGCACCAAGUACACGUUCUCCCCGGACAACGCGCUCCCGCAGCACCUGAAGGAGUUCCUGAGCCGCCCCCAGCACACCCGGCUCCUGCUCCUCUCCUUCCCGCCCUCGGACCAGAACGAGGUUUUCGACAAACUGAGUGUCGUCACCGAAGUCGAAGUCUCAGAAAGCAGCCAGCAGCCGCCGGGGGACAGCGUGGCCACUCGGCCCGCGCCCGGCUGCUCACAGAGGCCCCGGUGA